AUGGAUUUAAACGAUUUCAUUAAUGAUGAUGAAGAAAUUAUUGAAUUCCUGGAAUGGGAAAGAAGACUAUACAUCAUAAGAGAUAGAAUCAAUUAUUUUGCCAGAUGGGACGAGUUGGACUUUUUUCGACGAUUUCGGUUAAAAAAAGAAACAGUUUUGAUCAUUCUAGAACAAAUAGAAAAUGUCAUAGAAAGUCCUACAGAUAGAAAUCAUGCUAUUAGACCAAUCGAUAAAUUGAUAUUAACUUUGAGAUACUAUGCAUUAGGCACAAUGUUAAUAGCAGCUGGAGAUUUUGUAGGUGUUAGCAAGAGUUCUGCUUGCAAGAUAGUCAUAGAAGUGUCAAUUGCGAUUGCACAACUUGCUCCUCAAUAUAUAAAAAUGCCAUCUGAUGCUGAGGAAAUAAAUAAGGCUCGAAUAGAAUUUUAUAGCAGAGCAAGAGUUCCAAAAAUAAUUGGUGCUAUUGAUUGCACAUAUGUUAGGAUCCAAUCGCCUGGUGGAGCGAAUGCAGAAUUAUUAUUCAGGAAUAGGAAAGGUUAUUUUUCCCUUAAUGUGCAAACAGUGUCUUCAGCUAAUCUUAAAAUAUUAGAUAUUGUAGCACGCUGGCCAGGAUCAGUUCAUGACCAAACAAUAUUUAAUAAUUCGAGAGUAAAGGAACGACUUGAAAGCAACAAGUUUGGUAAUAGUUUACUGGUUGGAGACAGUGGUUACACCAAUACAAUGUUUGUCAUUACUUCGUUACUUGAUAUUCACAAUAACAUCGAAGAACUAUAUAAUGAGGCAAUAAUUCGCACACGCAAUCCUGUAGAACGAUAAUAUGGCGUAUAGAAAAGACGUUUCCCUAUAUUGUCCUUAGGACUACGGUUGAAGUUACAAACGAGUAUGGCUGUUAUUGUCGCCACAGCAGUAUUGUACUACAUGGGCUGA